AUGACACGGCAUCGUAUCAGCACUUCCUCGACCGAAAGUAGGAGGUUUGGCGACGAGAGAGACGAGGAAGAAGGGAUCGUAACGCUAGUUUCGUAUUCACGAAAUCACAAGAAGAGAAUGAAGCGAGCGAAAUGCAACAUUUCGAAAGGAGGAAAUGUGUGGUCGCCGGAGAUUGAGUCACUAGGGAGGUUGUCAGGGUUGAAGAAGUUGAUGCCGUUGUUUGCGGCGGAGGGAAAAGUGAAGAAGAGCUUCGCGAUGGUGAAGAAAUCAGAGGACCCUUAUGAGAAUUUCAAGAGAUCAAUGAUGGAGAUGAUAUUAGAGAAGCAAAUGUUUGAGGCGAGAGAUUUGGAGCUGUUGGAGUGUUUUUUCUCGCUGAAUUCGCGUAGUCAUUACCAGCCCUUUACUAACAUUUGA